AUGUCAUCAGCGUCUCCGAGAGGAGCUUUGGUGGUUGUUGAAGGCCUUGACCGUUCGGGCAAGUCAAGUCAGUGCCAGAUACUGGUCGAUCACCUCAACCAGUCCGGAAGUAAGGCGCAGUAUGUCAAAUUUCCUGAUAGAAGCACGCCAACGGGCAAGAUGAUUAAUAGCUACUUGACCGGAAGUGCCCAGCAGGACGAUCAUUCCAUACAUCUCCUGUUUUCCGCCAAUCGUUGGGAAGCUAUUCAGAGUAUCUUGCAAAUGCUGGAAUUUGGCAUGAAUAUCAUAAUCGAUCGUUACUCAUUCUCUGGAGCAGUCUACUCUGCCGCCAAAGACAAUCCGAACCUCGGCCUUGAUUGGGCAUGGGCAUGCGAAGUUGGUCUACCGAAACCGGAUCUCGUCCUCUUCCUCGACUUGUCUUCGGAGGAAGCAGCCAGGCGAGGUGGCUACGGCGAAGAGCGAUACGAGACCCAGCAGAUGCAGAGCAGGGUUCGGGCUCUAUUUCAAGACCUGUUCAAGAGGUUGCCCAACGUCAACCUGAAGCAGAUCAAUGCUGGCUGUAGUAUUGACGACGUCGCCACCGAGAUCAGGACGACCUUCGGCCGUUUCGUCGAGCAGGCGAAACUGGAACGGCCACCGGAGAAGCUUCAAACACUGUCAGCAUGA